UCGAGGGUACAAUCCCUUGCUUUUCUUACUCCCCAAGCUUUCGUUGCCAAUAAGCUGCGAAGCCUUCACUGGUUCCUCAGACUCAGAUCUUCGUCGAUUUUUCAGGUUUGCGUGAUGUCUAAGGCAGUUGUAGAUGUUCCUCCCAAGGGUGGGUUUAGCUUUGACCUAUGUAGAAGGAAUGAAAUGUUGUUGAAAAAAGGUGUUCAGACUCCACCUUUUCGGAAGACAGGAACCACUAUUGUUGGGCUAGUUUUCCAGGAUGGUGUCAUUCUUGGAGCAGAUACAAGGGCCACUGAAGGACCCAUAGUUUGUGAUAAGAAUUGUGAAAAAAUUCAUUAUAUGGCACCUAACAUUUAUUGCUGUGGAGCAGGAACUGCAGCUGAUACAGAGGCAGUAACAGACAUGGUUAGUUCCCAGCUGCAGUUACAUCGUUAUCAUACUGGUCGAGAAUCAAGGGUUGUGACAGCUCUUACCCUUCUGAAGUCUCAUCUUUUUAGUUAUCAAGGCUAUGUUCAAGCUGCUUUGGUGCUUGGUGGAGUUGAUUGCACUGGACCACAUUUGCACACUAUCUACCCCCAUGGAUCUACAGACACACUGCCCUUUGCCACAAUGGGCUCUGGUUCUCUUGCUGCAAUGGCCGUAUUUGAGUCAAAGUAUCAUGAGGGGUUGACUAGGGAAGAUGGAAUAAAUUUAGUAAGCGAGGCUAUUUGCUCUGGCAUAUUCAAUGACUUGGGGAGUGGAAGCAAUGUAGAUGUUUGUGUAAUAACCAAGGGCCAUAAGGAGUACCUUAGAAACCACCAGCUGCCGAAUCCUCGCACCUACGUGAGUUCAAAAGGAUAUUCAUUUCCCAAGCCAAUUGAGGUUCUCUUGACCAAGGUUACUCCACUGAAAGAAAAGGUUGAAGUGAUUGAAGGUGGGGAUGCAAUGGAAGAGUGAAUUUUGUGAUUGAACUAAGUUGUAUGGUUUCUAUCAAUUUCUUUAUGCUUCCAUCUCUUCAAGCUUUUCAUUAUGUAUGCUAAAAUCUAGUUGGAGAUUUGGAUGAAUUGUCAUCGAAUUUCAACUGUCAGUUUUCAGUUUUUCAUAUAUUAUAUUUUGCUAACCUGGGCUAUUUGAGAUUCA